AUUAUAAAUGAAAAGAUUGAUGCCUAUGAGGGAAGCAUUAAAAAGGUUUGUCAUUUUUUGUUUACUGUAUACUUUUUUUUUUAUUUAGUUUAUUUUAUAUUUUGAAUCAUUUUGUCAUGUUUAAUUAUUUUUAUUUUUUGUUUUUAGGAUAAGUCUUUAAAUAAAUUAGAGGCAACAAAUGCUGAUGUUUUAUCUACCUAUGGGUUGGACAAGACUGAUGUUGUUGGUGUUGAGAAGAAGCAUGGUUCUCAAGAAAGCUUUUCUGUAUCUACCAUGGAGGUUGUUAAUGAUCAUUUGGUUUCCUAUGAAGACAGUUUGAAAAAAGUUUAUUUUUAUUUGUUUAUGUUAUUUGGUAGUUUGUUUUUUUUUUUUCUUUUCACUUACUUUUUUUUUAUUUGUUUGUAAUUGUUUUGAAUGCUAGGGAAAGUCUAUAAAAUUGGAGGAAGAAACUCCUACAGUUGGAAAUAGUGAGAGGAAACCUAGUUCUGUAUACAACAGUCCGUAUGCCACAGAAUUUGGUUCAGGUAGUAUUAGUAAACCAAAAGGUGGACGUCCUGGAUCAUGUGCUUUUGGAUUUGGCUUUUUCAAUGUGAUUGAUGAUGUGCAAGCUAAAUCUUUUGAUCAGUGGUUUAAGAUUGGGUUUAAUGAUAAAAACAAAGUGAAGAAGUUUAAAGAAUGUCAUAGGAAGCUUAAGGUUCCAUUGGAUUUUGUGGUUUGUCAAAUUGAUGAUAAGAUGUGGUUCUAUGAUUUGCUUACUGUUGGGAAGAACUUGUCAUGCUCGCAUAUUGAUGUUUGUUUCUACUAUUUGAGAAAGAAGUUAAAGUAUGACCAGUCUGUGAAAAUUUCUGGUAAUACUACUGAUUGCUUCUUUGCUUCUCAAAUUUUUGAAUUAUAUAAUGAGUUUGUUGCAAGUGGUGAAAAUGUUGAUUCGAUUAAGAAGGAUUCUAAGGCAGCUGCAUACAUAGCGGGUUUUUAUAUGUUAUGCAAUAAACCCUGGGCUGAGCUUGAUUUCGUACUAAUGCCUGUUAACGUGAUUGUUCUUGCUCAUUGGAUAUUGUGUAUUCUUGACAUUAAGAUGAGAUGCUUAAAAGUGUUGAAUUCUAUGAGGUUUGGGAGGUACAAGAACAACUCAGAGAGUUUUGUUCGUGCAUUUUCUGUAAUAAUUCCUAUCUUACUGUCACAUGUUAAUUUCUAUGAGGGGAGAAAAGAUAUUGACAGGAGUAGUAAGCACUGGCAAGGUAAAAAAGAUACUGAUGCGUUUGAUAUUGUCGUGGUUGAUAAUUUGCCACAACAAGAGGAUAGUGAUUGUGGUGUUUUUAUCAUAAAGUAUGCUCAUUUCUUUAUGCAUGGAUUGAUUGAUAAGAUUCCUAAGAAGUUGGACAUUGCAUUCACUCGUAAGAAGUUGUGUGUUGAUCUGUUUGUUCAUGCAAAGAAGAAGGAGUUGGGUGGGUACGAGUCUACUUCGGAGCAUCCAGGAAGGAUGCCAUAGUUUUAUGUAAUAGAACAACAUGUUGGAAACCUAGUUUACAUUUUUUUGAACUUUAUGUGUAUUUUUAUGUCAUGUUGUUUUGUUUUUAGGUUUAUGUUUGUGUUUGUUUAAGAAACUGUUUGGAACAGUAAUAUUUUAGGAGACUCUUGCCUAUUUUAAUUUUGAAGUAACCUUUUGGUUUACUGGCACA